GGUGGUGAUGAGGUGUCCUUUUCUUCCUCCUUGACUCAACUCACCUGCUUUCAUCUCAUUUAUUUUGUAACAGCCAGAGAGUAUGCUUCUUGUGGAGUGACAAACCAUAUUUAUUUCAUUGUAUCUUGCUUUUCAAACAAGUUUUCGUUUUGUCUGUUUGUUAGGCUCCUCACAUCUGGCCUCUUUCUCGGAUCCGACUUUAUUACAUCACCGCCUUCACCCCCGGUCUUUCAUCAACGGUCUCACAAUGCCGCGGCCGAGGUCACCAAGUAAUGGCAAUAUAUUAUCACCAUUUGCUCUCUUUAUUGCCGUCCUCGGCCUUGUUUCCUUCUUACCGACCUCCUCAGCAUCCCAACCUGAAUCCUCCCCGUCAGCCGACGUGGAGUUGAUAUGUCACACCGACAACAACUGUUAUCCCAAAAUCUUCCAGCCAACCGACGAGUUUCAAGUGGUCCAUGAAGACCAGGAACUUCCAAACGGUCUCCACAUUCGCAUGGACAUCUGGACUGGCCGGAAAGAAGCCAAGCUCAACGAUCCGUCAGACGAUGAAGAUGGAAAUCGGGCCCUGGAAGGAUUACGCGUCGACUCGGGCGUCGGCGUCGUAGUGGUCGAACCUCAGGCGGGCGCGGAUGAAUCGGGGUCGUUGGAAGAUUUGAUCCCUUCCGGAGCGCCGGUGUACGAAUCGUACGGCCGCGUCAAGCCUCCCGAGGAAGAAUCGGGCCAGUUCUAUUCCAACCUCGAAUACGUCAAGAAGGGCCCUGGCGGCACCGACCUCCCCUUCGACGAAGCCCUCGAAUUCCUCGAGGACAUCUCCCACGACAUCUACUACGGCGAGAAAAUUGCCGAGAACCCCGACACGGUCCAGGCGCUCCUCUGUCUGAUGGUGCAGCGGGGGGAGGAGGAGGAGGGGGAGGGGGAGGAGCCGACGACUUCAGACCGUGACGACGCCACGGCAUCACCACCACCUCGUAACCAGCAGGCGGCUUCCAUCGUGGCCGCGGCGCUGCAGAACAACCCACCCGCCGCCCGGAUGGUCGGGGACGCCUGGCCCAGCCUAAUGGAGUCGACCUGCACUGGGCCCCAGGGGCGGGGAUUCCCGCUGCGCGACGGGUUCUACGCGCCCUUCGCCCCGCUGGACCCUUCGGCCCGGCGAGACGUCCCCGCGGCGCAGGUCAAAGCCCGCGUGGGCGCCCUGAGCAGUCUGCUGCGCAGCCCCGCGGUGCGCGACGACUUUUUGGCCAGCGGCGGCAUGGAUCGGCUUUUGGAGGCGCUGACGGGGGCGGCGGGCGGCGGGGCGUGGAUGGGCGUGCAGCGCAAAGUCGGGCACCUUCUCCUGGACCACUUCCUCGACGAGGAGUCGGGCGCGACGAAGGGGCUCUGGCCCGUGUUCCGCGCGUCGGAGCCGGAUGCGGCGAAGAGGAAGCUGGGGCGCGAGGCGGACGAGAAGUGGAUCGAGGCCGUCAGGGUGGUGCGUGAGAGGGAUGGUGGCAACGACGGGGAGCACUGGAGCGUGGCGGUGUUGCGCGAGCUGGAGGGGCAUCAUGCUGCGCAGUUGAAGGGUCUGCCGAAGGAGGAACUGUGAGGAGGAGUGCGUUAGUUGCUUUUUCUUCUAUUGUAUUUUUGGGACUCGGUCAACAACGAUUAACUAGAUGUUGGGACAUGGGACUGAGAUGUUCAUAAGAUGUAUCAUGUUGAUUUCGACGUAGGCGGGCCAUCAAGCGACUACCUUGCGUUCAGCCAAAGCCAAUCUAAGCUACCGCUUCCUUCUCU